AUGGUGGGUGAGCCGUUUCGGCCGAUCAGCCCCCAGACCGAGUGGCAGGGCUCCACCUUGGCGGACUUGGCUCGUUCAUCCAAGCGUGCCACCCGCUACCCGGAGAAGAACGGACGCCUUCCGACACCGGCGUACAAGAAGCGUCAAGGCCCCACAAUCGAGGUAUUUGGCGACAGCUUCGCCACUAUUGAUGAGGAGGACGACAGCAGUAGCGAGUCCUCAUUCGGGAAUGGAUCUGAAGAGGCAUUCCCAAUGCCGCGUGGUCCUCGCCGGUUGUCUAAGUUUUCCCGGCAUAGUGUCGAUGAGAUGCUCAAAAAGAAGACGCAGAGCCUUCUGCCAGACCUGCAGCUGGUGCUGGAACGACUGCGCAGUGGUGCCGAAGGCCUCUCGGAAUCCGAGCUGGAGCGCUACAACGUGGCCUUCUUCCGUUUCAAAGAUCCCGACGGGCCGGAGAUGCACAAGGAUGAGCUCCCGCAAGUGCUGGAGUUCUUGGGCUUUCCUUUGCCUGACGCGGUCCAGUGCCGUCAGAUCGCGGAUGAGUGUGCGGAAUACGAAACGCUCGAGAAGGUCGAUUUCAUAACGUUCAUGGAGCGCUACCUGGACUGGGAGCUUCAGCGUUACAAGGAAAUCUUCUCGAGCUAUGAUGAGGAUGGAAGUGGCUUCCUUGAUACCACGGAGCUGAUGACCUUCAUCUCGUCUUUGGGCUUCACACCGCUUCGAAGCAUGGUGAAGGAGGCCCUCAACUUGGUCGACUUGGAUCGGAAUGGCCUGCUGGAUUUCGAAGAGGUUGUUCUGCUCAUGCACUGCUACCGGCACACGGAGGGCUUUACUGUGGAAGAGCUGCAGACGCUAUCUGCGAUUUUUACGGAUGUGAUUGAGCAAGUUGCGCGGAGAAGGGAAGGCUCCAACCUCCUGCCUGCCGACAUGCUGGGCGACGUCCUGGUGCAGUUCUUUGGUCCUGCACAGGCAGCAAAAGCAAGCGAGUUGCAGCAGGACUGCAUUGCGAGAGCCGCAAAGAGAGAAAAUGCAACCAGUGCCGACUAUGGCAAGAAGUUCACGCUUGGUCUUGGCUUCCACGAAGCCGUGCUGUGGGCGCGUCGUUUACGCGACAAGGAGUUCGAGGCCUACCGCGAGGCUUUUCAGAAGUUUGACGAGGAUGGCAGCAACUCCAUCGACAUGGACGAGCUCCAGAAAGUUAUCAAAACGCUGGGUUAUACCAUGACAAAAUCAACCAUUGUCGAGAUCAAGCAAGUCGCUUUCGCAAGGACGGACCUGGAAGAUGUGUGCAACAAGACCAGUGCCGAAGUGCUUGACUCCGAAUCGAUGGACUAUGAUUCCUUCGUCCACUUCAUGCUAAUGCUGCAGCAGUCGGAUGGAUUCUCCAAAGCUGAGAUACAGGAGAUUAAGGCCACAUUCAAGAAGUUUGACGAAGACGGCAGUGGAGACAUUGAUGUCUGUGAGCUGUCGGACAUGUUGCGCUUUCAGGGCCACCACACCAGCAUUGACGAGGUGAGGCGAUUGCAUGCGCGUGUGGACUUCAAUGGCAGCGGUGCGCUUGACCUUGCAGAGUUCGUUCGGUUUAUGCGAUUGCACCGCGAGGAAAUGCUCGAAGCCGUGCGGCAGGCUUUCGACACCUUGAAAGACCUGAGUACUGGCAUGCUGAGCGCGGACCGUAUUCCGUUUGCCGUGGCCAAGCUGGAAUAUGCCACAGAGGACCGGCGAAUCUCGGUCGAGCCAUUUUUGCCACGUGUGGCACUGGAUUUUGAUGGUUUCGUCACCCUUUGCGACAAGAUCCGGGAAGCACAGGUGGCUGCUGAUAGAAAGCGCGCGGGCUUCUGCGACCGGGACAUCGAUCAUUUCUGGGGGCUCUUCCUCAGCUACGACACCAAGAAAGCUGGAGUGCUGAGCACGGAAGAAUGCACCAAUCUCUUGGCCGCUCUAGGUUUUCAUGUCCGGACCGUGGAGGAGCAGCAAGACCUCAAAGGCCUCUUGCAGCAGGCCCGGAGCAUCGCUGAAGCUGCCGGAGUUGACAGCCGAAAUGACAAUGGGAGCGUGAAUUUCUAUGUCCUCCUCCAGCUGCUUCAGGCGCUUUUCGUGAACCACGAGAGAGAAGCCGAAGCAGCGCUCACGCAGGUUGCGGAAGAGGCCGACUUCAGCAUGAGCGAGGUGACUGAGUUCCUCGAUAUCUUUACGUCUUAUUGGGCUGAAGAGUUGCCACCUGGGGAAGCUGAGAAUCCCAACAAUCGGCUGACCAAAAAGAGCAUUAGCAGGAGCUCGGUUUACAAGCUUCUCCGGGCGAUGGGAAUCCGUCUGGACCCGGCUCUCAAGGACACGCUGGAUAAGCAGGUAGCACACCUGUCCGGUGAGAGGCUGGAGUUCCAUGGGUUCCUUCGGCUCAUGCGGUGGAUGGUCGAGGUCAACUUCGCGCAGAUCAACAAUGGCACCACGCCUUCUUACCGCGCAACUCUGUUUUCGGCUUCCUGUUUCACCAUCCCCAUUUUCCCAGGGCAGAUGUGCCGAAAGUUAGAUCCAGGACAUGUAGGUGUUUGCAUGCUGUGCCGAGUGCUUGGUGCCGUCUCGCUACAGUUUGCGGAGUGGACCGAGCCUGGUAGGAGAAAGGCAUGCGAGGGUCCACUUGCGGUGAUUCAGGUGAUGCGUCUGGUUUCUCGGUCGGAGAUACUUUGUCUGGUCCUCCUUCAGCAUUCCCUGGCGUGCCGCCGCUGGUGGCAGCGCAAAUCAGAUGGACUCUGGUUGCGUGAAGCAGGCAAGUGUCCUUGGAAAGGUGGGGGAUCUUUGUGGGGUGAGCUGGAAAUUCCCAGCGAAGUGAUGGACAACACUUGGCUCAACUCUUCGGAUUCCUCUGUCGGUGGUGGCGUUACCAUCACUGUGGAGCUGGAGAGGGAAGGCCUCCCAGAGUACGAGCUCAGCGAAGAGCCUCCAGAUCUGGCUGAUCGCUUCGAAGAGCUUGGCAGCAGGUGCACAAAGACUAAGCCGCGCAGAACUGCUGACUGCGGCCUCUUCGAAGAUGGGAAGCUCCAAGCCCUUUCUAACAAGAUUGGUGAGAAGUCAUGCCAGCAUCCCGAGGCUAAGGAGGCCCGGGCGCUCUUCUGCCGCUACCCGCCACGCUUCUACGGCCACGCGGGGAUUUGCAACCAAUAUUCCCAGUUCUGCCCCUUUGAGGAACUCCGGGUGGAAAGCAACCCGUUGCUGAUUGACACGGCCGUCAUUAAUGUUGAUGCUGAUAUGUUCCAUUCAAUGGAGGAAUGUGGCGUGUUUCACAAACAGCUUUGGAUUUUCAAAGUAUUUGUUCACUGGUGCCCGCACUGCCAGCAGCUUAUGCCCCUUCUUUACCGCCUGGCACUCGUUUUGCGACAGCGUGGGGUCAACACUCUGCGCUUUGGUGCCGUCAACUGUGCCACCGAGCACGAGCUGUGUGCAACGCAGAAUUGGCCCGGCCACCCUUUGCUGGUUGCCCGGUACCUGGGACCGAACCGGGCCGUGCAUGAUGCCAUCGAGCAUUGGGUCGACGUAGUUAAAGAUGCGCAGCUGCGGCAAAUGCUACCACGCUACGCCCUUCCUGGAGAGUUUCCAGUUCUCAAGCUACUACUGGAGCAGCUGCCAUCAUCAGUGCUCUCCAAGUCAUCUUGGUCGUCUUUGUUCGAUGCAGAGGGUGAGCAUUCGCAAGCUUCUGGUUGUGCGAACUUGACAGCCCUACAUCCGGAAUUCCCAGAGGCGACCAGCGACCAAGUUGGCAAUGGCUGGCACGAUGCCGAGCACAACUUCACAACCAGACAGAGAUGGACUGAUGCACUGCUCAUGCUCAGGCACGUCUUGCAGGAGUGGAUUGCCCCAAUUGGAGAUGAUGGCAAUGCAGAUGCGUUCUCUCACCAGCAGCUACUGGUCAUGGAACCUUGGAUAGAGCUGCUGGCCCGGAAUAUUCCAGCAGCUUUUGGUUUGGCCGAGACAUUGCAGGCAUUGCAUGGUGCCCUACUGCAGCGAGUGCGGGCUUCCCAGACAGAGGCCGGCAGCUCGCUCUGCGCGGACGAGUGGAAAUCACUGACAACCCCAGUGCUGACUCAAAUAGCUCAAGUGGGCCAGCGAGACUUCGCGGUGCCUUCAGCUUGUGCUUCUGACACGUGCCGAAUGUGGAGCUUGCUUCAUACCCUGGCCUCUGAAGGGCUGAGGCUGGAGCAGCUGCCCAGAAAGAGCCCAUUGACACUGUCUCCUUCCGCCCCGGAUGUGAUGAUGCGGACCGUGUAUGGCUUUCUGGAGCAGUUUUUCAAGUGCCACUACUGCAGGCGCCACUUCCUGAAGAACUUUGAAGCUGGCUCCUUUGGCCGCGAUCUCGCUUUCACUUCACGAAAGCAGGUCGUUCUGUACUUCUGGCGAUUUCACAACGCGGUCUCCGUGCGCGUGACAGCGUGGCACCGGUGCAACGCCACCGACCGGCGCUGGCCGCCGUCGUCCCUGUGCUUGAGGUGCUGGAAGCAUACUGACGACGACUGGCCGGUUCUGUCUGAAGCACACGAUGUGGUCAAAGGUGGCGCGGCUCGUGCGUUAGACCUCAAAGCGUCGCCGGAUGAAGAUGAAGUCCUGGACUUUCUACAAUCGGCUUUUACGGAGCCUGAAGAGAUGUCUUGA